AUGUCCAACGAACGCCUUACGUUCCCAACCUAUCUUCUCCCCUCCUUCUCCUUCCCCUUUCGUCGUCGCACAUCCUCUUCUCCUAGCGCAAAACCUGCAUCGCUCAAUACAAGUACGAGCGCAAACCCUUUGGUCCCAGGAUUAACCGAUUCGCCUACAAGUAGCUAUAAUGAAACUCCCCUGACAUCACCUACAUCUGAGAGUUUUCUCUCACGCAUUCCAACUACAUCCACCCACAAGAGUGGGAGUUGGAGUGAGCAUGAGAAUGAGAAUCAAAACGAGAACCAUGACUUGACCCGCACUCCCACUUCUCCUCCUCGCACCACACCUCUCCCGCAACCCCAUCUCACUCGUCCCUUUCCCUCUACCAUCCGCUGUCUCACCUGCUCCACCCACAUCUCCUACUCCUCGCAAAUAAUCUCCAAGGGCUUUACCGGUCGCCACGGCCGCGCCUAUCUCGUUGCUCCGCCUCCUUCUGCCCCGGUUCCUCAAAUCCCCCCCUUUCCACCCACCGCUCACGAUCGCUCUAAAAAUAUCUCCAACGUCCGCGUCGGGCGUCCCGCAAAUCGAGAAUUGUUAACAGGGCAUCAUGUCGUCGCAGAUGUAAAUUGCGCGGUGUGUAAUACGCUUUUAGGAUGGAAAUAUGUGGAUGCGAGAGAAGCGGGCCAGAGAUAUAAAAUUGGAAAAUUUAUCUUGGAAACGAAGAGGGUGGGUGUGGUGGAGACGUUUGAGGAUCAGGAUGUGCGGACUCAUUCGCUGGAUUUUCGGGGUGGGGAUGAGGAUAGUUUGGGAUUUGGGGGGGGUGGGAUUGGGGGAAUUUGGGAAAGGUGGAGGAGGGAGGGGAGAUGGAGAAUUACAUACUUUGAAUGUGGAUACGAAAGAAGAGGAAGAGGCAAAGGGAUGGGUGAAUUUUGA